GGCAGUUGGAGCUGCUACUUCUGGGAUUUUCUCAACAAAGAAAUAAUUGUGCUAGAUCCACAGAUGCAGCUGUGCAAGGGAAAGGACAUACACAAACGUCAUGGGGGUGUAGUUAAACUGUUGCAUAAAGCUCUAUUUUUAGUCAUCAACCGGUUAUUUCCAGAAUGGGAUAUUUCUUCUGAGAAGUGGAAAAGGGUAUAUAGGAAUGAUGUCAGUCCUCGUUGCCAAUGGGGAGAGUCUGGACUCUAUUCUGUGCAUUAUGCUUACACAUUUAAUGGGCUGGAUCUUACUGAGAGUUUAGAUAUGGGAUAUCACAACAACCGUAGGGCAAAGUUGAUAUGGAUGCUUCUUGCAAUGUGGGGGAAUUCUGGAAUUGUUCCACCAGAAUUUGGCCAGCUCAUGUACCCUUCAGCAUGACAUAGUAAAAUGGUACUGGUCGUUUCUUUUUGAUGUGCGAGUGCCAGCGAUGUCGUUCAUCCUGCUACCAAUAUGGACAUCUGUAACAGUUUGUAUUGAAUUUCAAAAUGUAAUAUUUUCCUACCAAGAUAUAUCUGCUGAUGUGGAAUCAAUCCAAAACUAUUGUUCCGUAGCGACCAAUAUACCAUGGAAUUUUUUGGACCAUGGUUUCCAGAA